AUGCAACCGCCUUACGGUGGUUGGAAUCAAACCCAGAUGAACAAUGAACAAAUCGAUCUGCAUUCCCAAUCUGAAUCUCAGCCACAGUCAGAAUUGAAAAGGCCAAGCCUUGUUGAUGAUAAUCACAGCCACAGCCACAAUUCGCAAUCACAGCCUCCUUGGAUGGUUCGAUCGUUAAACCGUGCUCUCCCUGUGAACAAAGGGACUGCUAAUAUAUUCUACAAGACGAGGAUAUGUAAGAGAUUCUGGGCGGGGUUUUGUCGGAAAGGAGAACAAUGCAAAUUUGCUCACGGAAUCGAGGAGUUAAGGCAACCUCCAUCGAAUUGGCAGGACUUGGUUGGACCGGAACCGGUUAGAGAGACCGGUACUACUUGUUUUGUUGGAAAGGUUGAAGGAGAAGCUGUGUGA